CCAAAAAUAAAAAAUAAAAAAAUGUCAGUUCACAAAAUCGCUCCUUUAGCCCACUUCCAUUUCCCAUGGCGUCUCUUCACAAACUGCUGUCCGAACAAGGAUUCGAGCGCCAAAUUUCAAGAAAGCCCAACAAAAAGGUGAAAUUCAAAAGUGGCCCACAGCCACAGGACUCCGUCACCCUCCCCAUCUUCAUCUGCCACGAUCGCCGGAGCUUCGGCUCCCCUUCAUCCCACAAGCCGGAAAAGGCACCUCCGGCGAGGGGCACAUCCGUAAUUUCGUCCGAUACGGGAAAAACUCCAAGAAAAGAAGAACCCGCCAUAGACUCCGCCGCCAUUAAGGCCAUCGUGUCCAUUUUGUGCGGCUAUGUUGGCCGGUACUCGAAAGACGAGGUUUUUAGAAGAAAUAUCAAAGAAAAAUGCAAUCUUUAUCUCGAAAAUGGGAAUCCCAGAAGCUCAGGGGAUGAGAUUUGGGCUCAUCUUGAAAUGGGCAUUGAGAGCAUCGAUAGUUUAAUCCAUUUUCAAGAGUCUAAUAAGGAGAUAAAUUUAGAGUCUUUACAGAAAACUAUUAAACUUCUCAAGAAUGCGGCUUCAUUGGGCUCGAAAUCGAACCUCUCGGCCUGCGCGCAUCUCUACUUGUCGAUAGUCUACAAAUUUGCCAACAAUGAAAAAGUCUCGGCAAGAUACCUUUUGAAGCUUUUUAGCGAUUCUCCAUAUCUAGCACGGACCCGUUUGCUUCCCGAGCUGUGGGAGCAUGUUUUCUUGCCUCAUCUUCUUCAUAUAAAAGAUUGGCGCGAAAACGAGCUCGGUUUUCUCACGGGCUUGGGUUAUGUGGAUAGCAAGAGAAAAAUCGAAGCUUUGGAUAAACAGUUUGAUCAUCUUAUGGAUAUCGGGACGAAGAAGUUUGCGGUUUAUUACAUUGAGUGGCUUAAAUUUGGUGGUUCGAAUCAGACCCCUUCUGUUGUUCCUUCGGUGCCUUCGCCUUCGAAAUCUAGUUUGUCGCGGUCAAGAAAGAAAUCGUUGGAUUCGAACAAAUCUUUGUACCAGACGGUUUUUGGCCCAGUUAUAAAGUCCCGGUCGAUGGAUAAUGUACGUUAUUCAGAGGUCGAAAGAAGAGAGUGCAGUGGUGAAGAAUAUGAGACACAUUUCAGCCUUGUUCAAAAAAAAACUAGCUCUAGUAGAAGAUCAUCAAGUCAGAGCUAUAGAUUGCAUAAGCCCGACAGCAAAAGUUCAGAUAAUUACUUCAGAUUCUUGGGUUGCCGGGCCGAGAACUCAACAGACUCUAAAGUCCACACACACCACAUGUUGAUGAGCGAGAAAAUCAAGAAUGACGAAAAUGCCCAUCGUCCGUAUGUUAACGACAUUACCACGAGUGCAAUUUCCACUCUUUGCUCCUCAGAAAGCCUAUCAGAAUGCAAAAAAGCAGUUCGUUUAAUAACCGAAGCCUGGAUAAAUUCAAAUUCCCACAGAGAUGGAACAAUAAUCGAGACCUUGCUAUCACGGGCUUCGGCAAUACAAGGAAUAAUGGAAGUACUCUAUGUCUCCACAGACGACGAGAUUCUUGAACUGGCAAUGUCGCUCUUAGCCGAGCUCGUGUCCAAAAACGAGACCAAUCGGCUUUGGGUACUAAAUUCAGACCCAAAUCUCGAUAUUUCGAUAAAACUAUUCAGAAGCAGCAGCUUAUUCCUAAAAGCCGCGGCUUUGCUUUACCUCAUAAAGCCGAAAGCUAAACAAAUGGUGUCGAUCGAGUGGGUCCCGCUAGUCCUUCGUGUGCUUGAAUUUGGUGAUCAUUUAGAAGUUUUGUUCAAUGUAAAGUGCUAUACUCACGAGGCCGCGUAUUACUUUCUAAACGAGCUUCUAACGGGUUUCAAUGAGGAUAAGAAUUCGGAGAAUGCUCAGCAAAUUGUCUUGCUUGGCGGUUUAAGUUUACUAGUGAGGAGAAUGGAUGAAGGCGACAUUGAUGAGAAGAGUAAAGCUUGUGCUGUUCUUCACUGUUGUGUUAAGGCGGAUAGAAUUUGCCGAUAUUACUUGGCGAAGAAUUUGAACAAAGAGACGAUUAUAUCCCUGCUGGCAAUCGGGAUGAAGAAGAACACAAAUUCUUAUUAUGAGCAUGCUCUUGGAUUGAUGACAGACUUAAUAUGCCUUAGCAGGAGGAACCAGAUAACGGAAUGUUUAACUGGGAUAAAGAAGGGAUGGGAUUGCUUCAACGGCAAGCAAGUUUUGCUCUUCCUACUCCAGAGGGCCCGGCUCGAAGAUCAACCUGUAGUUGCAGUCAUAUUGCUGCAGCUAGAACUUAUGGAUGAAAGUCACGAAACUAGAGAAUAUAGUGUGUACAGAGAAGAAGCUAUAGACGCAAUCGUAAAAGCGUUAGAGUAUCGGGUUUUUGACGAGAAAAUCCAAGAGCUAUCAGCCAGAGCUUUGUUGAUUUUGGGAGGACAGUUUUCUUAUACUGGAGAGCCCGAAAUCGAGAGAUGGCUUCUCAAAAAAGCUGAUGAAAAACUGAUGGAAAAAUGGCAGCAGAAAACGGCUAAAGCUCUGGUUUCAAGCGGAAAAACUAGACUUCUGGCAGCACUUUCGUAUUCAAUAGCUAGCAGCAUUCCAUGUUUGGCACGCGCGAGCCUUGUGACUGUUUGCUGGAUUAGUAUCAGUAUACAUUCGGUCGAGGAUAAAGAAAUCGAACUUGCAGCAUGCUCGAUUUUGGUGCCACAAUUGAUAGACUGUCUUAGGGAUAAAAGUACAAACAUUGAGGACAAGAUUCUAGCUUCAUUUUCAGUGUAUAAUCUCACAAAGAGUACAGAUUACUUUUCUUGGUUAUCACAACCGAAGGAAUUUCUCGGUUGCCUGCGCAAGUUGUCUCGAACGACAUGGACGGCCAGAGAGCUGAUUUCGGUUAUCACAAUGAAAUCAUAAAAUUCAACUGUCAAUCACAGAUUAUAAUUAGUGAGAUCAUAAACAAUGAUGUUUGGGAGAUCAAUCUUUGCAUUACUUUAUUGUAGAGUAAUAGAAAUGUAUAUUUAUAUUAUUUUUUAGAAUAUGGUUUUUUCGGUUUGUACCACCUCAUAUAUCUAAUGAUAAACAUUUUUUAUUGUACCA